AUGGGGCCGGGGACUCGGCUCGUCUGCUACUUGGCGCAACCGGGCAAAGUGGCCGUCUGUGGCGGCAUGGGGCCCGGGACUCGGCUCGUCUGCUACUUGGCCCAACCGGGCAAAGUGGCCGUCUGGUUGCAGUUGUUGGAGGCCAGUUUGCGACAGCGUGUGCGCUCUGCCAGCGAGCAACAGGCCGUCUUCACGAUGCGCCUCGAGUUGGUCUGGCUGUACCAUCGACAGGCGAACAAGACGCUGCUGCGUCACGUCGCCUGUUGUCUCCAAGUCAGGCGUGUCUGUCUCCAGCUCUGUCUCUACACCAGCGACUUUGCCACCGUCCCGCUGAUCGAGAUCCCCUUCGCCGAUCUCCACCACGUCCACACCGGCCCCACCGACGACGCCGCCGCAAUCGCCGCCGCCACCGCCGCCGCCAGCGCCGACGUCGACGUCGAUUCGGGCCGCGGCGAGUCGACUCGUGCUCGUGCUCGCCUCCGGCGACUCUUCAGUCUCCAGUCGCGACUGUACCAAGCCUGUUUUCGCGCCAGAAGCGAGUCGGAAGCCCGCUUCUGCUGCGGCCUCGUCGAGGGUUUCGCGGCACAAUUCAGCCUCGGCGACGAACAGCAACGUCCAGUCGACCUCGGCUUUGGCGUCGGCGUCGGCGUCGGCGUCGGCGUUGGUGACACUUGUGCUCGUCAGUCGACGACCAAGUUGGCGUCGCCGUUGGCGUCGGGCGGCCUCGAGGGCCAACUGGUGCUGGGCGAGGAUGGACGUACAAUGCGGCCAGUUCUGGCCACCUUUCAGCCGGGCCCCGCCCGCCUCGACACUUUGGACGAACUGGGCUGGAGCGAGGCCUUCCAAGUGCUCUCGGCCAAGUUGGCGUCGCCGUGGCGACCAGCGCCCGGCCGCUAUCAUCUGCGACUGGUCGUCAGGCAGCUGGCCCCCGUCCCCGACGACCGGCCGUCGGGUCUGUUGGUUCGAGUCGCCGACAGACACGAUGUGCUCCGAUGGUUGCGUCUCUUCAAUCCGCCCCUCGAACGCCUCCUCCGUCUCCUCGACGGCCUCCUCCUCGAAAUACGAACACGCUGCCUAACCCGGUUGCUAAGCGACGCCUCAGCCGGUCUGACAGACCGCGGCGUCCCAGAGGCAGCGCCGGCCGAGCUGGACAGUCUGUUGCGACGGCUGCCCACGAGCGGACCUCUCGAACCGAUGCUCGCCCAGCGACGCGUCUUCCCGUUGUCACGACUACUUCGACUUCUCGGU